AUGUGUCUUCCGCUAAGGGAAACUCUGCCGAAAUUUCGUGGACGCCGACACUUGUGAAAAUAUCGAGGGAGCUGAGUGUGGACAGCAAAGGGGAGCUGAAAUUCGUCAUUUCUCAAGGAGAAGAUGAAUGAGAGAGGAGGAGAUGCUAAUGGAAGAGGAGCUGUAGCUGAGAAGACAAGUUAAGGGAGCUAAUGGGGAGCUUGUGGGGCUUGGGAAUGUUCUGCUGGUUAAAGGCUUGUCUGCUAACCUUCUCUCUGUGCGGCGACUGCAGAAGAGUAAGGCCGAAGUGACCUUUGGACCAACCAGCUGCCGUGCUAAGCUUGGGAAGAAGGUGCUGUGGAGUUUGGAAGAGGAGACCAGCUGCAUCAAGGACCUGUGGCAGCUGCCCAUCAUCCCAUGGAAUGGGAAGACUCCAACAGCAGCAACGGCAGCAGCGGCAAAGGCAACAGCAGGAGGAGAUGCAACUGCACCAACUGAUGGGGUCCUGGAAGCAGUCAAGAAAGUGCAGCAGCAGCAGACACAUGUGACAAUGGUGGGGAGUUCAUUGGAGCUGAUUUUGAGGGGGAGUUGAAGAGGAAGGGGAUCCAGCAUCAACUGACAGUGCCCUACAAUCCGCAGCAGAAUGGCGUGGCUGAGAGGUUCAACAGGACCCUGCAGGAGGGGGCACGCACUCUCCUUGGGCGUGCAGGGCUACCUGAUCCGUUUUGGGUGUCUGCACUGAGGCAGGUCGCCCUUGUGAAGAACAGGGUGCUGGCUACAGUUGGAGAUAAGGAGUGGAUCCCAUAUAUCAAGUGGUAUGGGAGUGCUCCAGCUGUGAACAUGCUGAGGGCAUUUGGGUGCAUGGUAGUGUUUCAUGUGCCUAAGGAGAAAAGAGGGAAGUUGGAGGCUUCUGGAAGAUGGGGUGUGCACUUGGGGAUUGCAAAGGAUCACAAGGGAUGGCUGCUAUGGGACUUGACCACCCAGAAGCUGACAGUGUCAAGGGAUGUGAAGUUUCUUGAGUCCCUGUACUACAAGGAAUGGAAGCA